AUGCGAAUGGGGGAAGAAGGGAUUCGUAAAGGUGAAAGCAAAACAAACAAAGCUUCAAACCCAAAAAAAAAGCUAUGCUUUACUCGGUGGAGUUCCAUGCCCCACACCAGGGCUAUGACCAGGACUCGUCGGGCGGAAAGCAUCACCACCACCAAUCUCAUCAUUGGGGGUGUUAAAGCAGAGUGUGCACAGAAUAUCAUGGAUUCUGUUAAUCACGCCAUUAAUCAGGAGGAGAUUUCAACGACAUUGCAUGCAAUACGGUUGGCAGAUAGACCUUCAGGUAGUGGUAGUGGGUGA